GUUGAAGUUCAAUCUGAGUACAAGUUGUUUUAAUGCUUCGAAAAUAUUGGGAACCUUGUGCUGAUAACAAAAGCGAGUUUUCAACAGUUCCGCUGUAACACGUGACUUUGCUCCCCGUGCUCCAGUAUUACUUACAUCUAGGUGAAGUAUGAUUGCAGCCACAUUCAUCAAAUACAUUUUUGUAACUGCAAACAUUCUGUAUUUACUAGGAGCAUUUGCUUCUUCAUCAGAUCUUAAAACGCAUAAAGAGCUGAUAGACUACCUAUACAGCAAAAAGGGGUUAUAUAAAAUCUUUGUCUGUUAAAGAAAAAAUGGGUCUCGUUGAUCGCCGAUUUUUCGUCAACUCAAAUCCAUAUGAAGAUAGUUCACAACCGGGUGAGCAUGGUGCCAUUGUCGGUGCACCUCACACGCAUGCACGUAUUCUUGAAUCUCUAAAAGAUCACAUGACAGAUGGUGCGAAAGUGUCGUGUAUUUUGUGCGACACUGGAUACUUAUUAGCAUGUAUGGGACUUUUCGUUACUGUUAAAGGUGGUGUGAUAGGAGUUCAAAUGGACUAUGCAUUGACCUUACUAAAUUAUGACAAUUUGGGAACAUGGAGUGGAAGUACUGCCGGUUUAAGACAAAUUGGUUAUAAAAGAGAUGUACCAUUCCUACUUUAUACUCGUGGUAGCACAACUGAAAAUGUGCCCGGUGAAGGACUUAGUGCUAUUCAUUAUCGUGGAGAUGAUAAAAAUACUAUUGAAGUAUUAGGAAAACGCUUGAAACCCGGUGGCCGUCUGAUUUAUGAAAGAAAUACUGGAAGAGGUGAUCCUGAAUUAAUGGUAAUAGAUAAAUUACAGAACGGUUCAUUGUCUGAAAAACAAUUGAUUGAUACUACAUUGGAAUCUGGUAAGAAAGAAGAAGAAGAAGACAAAGAAAGAGAAGGGGAAGAAUUCGGUGGAUUGGAGGAUUUAUUUCCACCUCGACCUGUACUCUCUGGAUCACCCGAUGGCGACGAGUUAUUUAUCCCAUCGUCACAAAUUAAGUAUAUUCCAGACAUCAAAGUAGUACUCCUGUUGGUCUCAGUUGUUAUCAUCUCAUGUAUCCUACUGUUUUAAUUUUAUGAUGAAUGAGUAGUGACUGGAACACUGGAUUCCAUUCUGCUGACAUCAUAUGUGAUAUUUUUCGUAACUGGAGAUGUAUGAACUUUGUGUAUAGUGUUCUGAUCGUGAUCAUUGUUAUUCAAUUCGAUUGAAUAACUUUUAUUUAACGAUUUUUUGUUCCAAGAUCCAUCAUCAUUACCAUCAUCGUUAUUUUACACCUCAUAACUUCGAAAUUAUUAUAGGUAUAUAUGGACAUGUGUUAUGACUAUUACAAUCACCUAACCAAUUUGAGUUCACCAAAGUGCCUUUUUAUCGUCAGUGUAUAUUUGUGUGUGUGUGUGUGUGCGUGUAGAUGGUCGCAUCAAAUCGUGUAAUGUACUUACAACAUUCUCUAAUUGUAUUGUCUUUGAAAACAUCCGAUAUAUAUUUUCAGUUGAUGCAUCUGAGUUUAUUAUUAACAGUAUUAUGGGUAAUAUAAUUAAUAUUAUUAUGUAUUAUUGGUAUAGCUAUUAUUAUAUUUCCGUUCCAUGUAUUGUGAAUAAA